AUGUUAGAUGCAAAAUUUCGAAGUCGAAGGAUAAAGUUUGAUUGUAUUAUAAAUAUUCUAUCUUAUAAUACAACCUUCAUGGCACUUAUGGCCCACAAUAUUCUUCGAUGGACAAGAAUUGGAGGUAGUGAAUCUGAGUAUAGCCAAUAUCUGAG